UUCAGACCAAGUUUAAGGAUCUCCUGAGUAUAGUUGCCGCAGAGAAGGAGCGCAUCCGAACCACUGUUGAACAGGAUAGUGAAUAUGGCCACGGACAGAUUGUAGUGUUGAAAAACUCACUGAUUGAGCUGCAGAAGCAGAAUGCAGAUCUUCGAGGUCGACUGGCUCGUAUACAUGUUGAUUCAUACACGAUGGAUGGAGCAGUCCCAGCCGUGGUAUCUCCUUUGCCGUCUGUUCGAACUGCCCAGGACAAGGCCAACAUUGCCCAGAGCAUGUCAUUGGACAACUUCUCCCUGUCUGAGUACUACGAUGCCGAGGAGAACUUUGGAACAAACAGUGACUCCUCAACAGAAGCCUCAGAUGAAGAAGCUUCCAGUGAAGUCUCUGAAGAUGGGAAUGAUACAGACUACACUGCUGGAGGUACGUCAGUGUCUGAAGUGACAUUCCAGUCAGUGUUUGCUACAGGAAGAAGAUCACGGCUGCCGGUGCCCAAACCAGCCAGCCCAGUUGUCAGUUUAUUUAAUCUGAUGUAUCGAAACAUCGGCAAGGACUUGACAAAGAUCUCCAUGCCAGUGACACUCAACGAGCCACUCAGCAUGUUGCAGAGGCUGUGUGAGGAGUUGGAGUACAGCGAACUGUUGGACAAGGCUGCAGAAUAUGAUGAUCCUUAUGAACGUAUGAUGUACGUGGCUGCCUUUGCUGUGAGCAGCUACGCUAGCUCCUACUACCGGGAGGGCCACAAGCCAUUUAACCCCCUGCUGGGAGAGACCUACGAGUGCAUACGGGAGGACAAGGGCUGGAGGUUCAUUGCUGAACAGGUCAGCCAUCACCCACCAGUCUCAGCCUGCCAUUGUGAGUCCAAGAACUUCAAACUAUGGCAAGAUGUCAGAAUCAAGACAAAAUUCUGGGGAAAGUCAAUGGAAAUUCAGCCUUUGGGACACGUCAAUCUUGUCUUACCAAA